AGUGCAAAAUUUGUACGAUUAUCACAGUUUUCUUGUACUAGUAGUGAGCUUCCAAUUAGAUCUCCUAUAAAAACCAGAAAAUCCAAAGCAACCUCAGCUUAGUCUUAUCUAUUCUCUCUCACAAUGAAAUAUUCUAGUGUAGCAGUCCCAGCCACGGCUACCCUCAUGCUUCUUAUCGUACUUGCCCCAGCUGCAGAAGCUGCAAUUGCAUGCAGUGAUGUAAUUAAGGACCUGAGACCUUGUGUGAACUACCUUGUGAAUGGCAGUGGGAUGCCACCAGCUGCAUGUUGCACUGGAGCCUCAAAUCUCGCAUCUUCUGCAUCAACCUCAGCCGAUAAGAAGGCUGCUUGUGAGUGCAUUAAGACAGCAGCCAAGAAAUUAAAUCCCAAUCCUCAAUUGGCAAAGGGUCUUCCAGGGAACUGCAAAAUCAGCUUGCCCUUCACUGUUUCAGCCAAUGUGGAUUGUUCCAAGAUUGGUUGAAGUUGAAGGAGCGUGCGUAUUUUGUACGAAGCUGGCUUCUAUUCCCUCCAGUAAAUAAAUAGUAAUGGGUGUGUUGUUUGUGCUGUAUUAAAUAAAUGCAUUUUCAUCCUUCAGAUGAAAGUACAGAAUGGAUUUUAUGCUUUACGUAA